AUGUCAACCGUUUCCUUCCAAAACGAAUCUUUACCUUCAUUUGAACCUUUAGAACAUGCUCCCCAAAAGAGAAAGAGAGCUAAUAUGAAAGAUGUUGAUAGCCAGCCCGUUAUUAAAAAAUCUAGAGCCAAAAGAUCCGUUGCCAACACACCAUCUAAUAAAUCAGCUGUUUGGAUCGGUGCCACACUAAAAGAGGAGAACGGAAUCUUUUCUGCUGCUUUCAGUGUUUAUUAUGGUCUGAAUGAUGCCCGCAAUUGCACAGAGAAAGUUGUUCUUCAUCAAGACCAAAAUUUGGACCAUGUGUAUGCCUUGGGAGUCAUUCGUGCGCUUGAAAUCUGUAUGGAUGAUGCUUGUAUCUUGAGCAUUCAUACCGGUAGUAAACUCCUCGAGGAAGCAAUAAAUUUAGAGCUGAAAGAUGACAGUGAAAUCCUUAAUCAAGUCUUAGAAACAAUCUCAAAGAGAAAGGGUAGCACAUCCAUCCGUUACAAAGCGAGUUCAUCAGAUAAACAAGAUGAAUAUAAUGUUUCUCAUGAUAUGGCAAAAGAUAAACUUUUAGAAAACGAUAUGAUGAUCGAUGAGGACGAAACUUUGGUGAAUUCAUUAGAAAUGAAAGAAAGCAAAAUAGAAGUGACCACUACCAAAAUAGAAACAGUUAUUACAACAAUACAUGAAGAGAAAGUUCAAGAAGACGUAGUGCAAGAGAAAAUCACAGUGACGGUUGUAGAGGAAGAGUCCACCAGUUCUUCCGCCAAAUUGGAGCCCAUUGCUGCUCCAAGUUGGGCUUAUGCACUUGGUCUGCACAACCUUUUGGAUAUAUUAAAAGCCCCUUUUAGCCGUAAAAACAAGCAGCAAUAA